AAUGAUGGAGAUUAUUGUUCCGCCUUAAAGGAAGAAAUGAAUGAAUUGCAUCUAAUGGUAAGACAGCAUACGCAUCUGAUGAGCAAUAAGAUGAAGGACCGGUUCGAUCAAGCGGCAAAUUCAAAAGGUUUUGAAGAAGGUGAUCUGGUCCUGUUGUACAAUCCACUUCGAAAGAAAGGCUUGUCCCCGAAAUUGCAGACAGCCUGGGAAGGACCCUAUAUGGUGAUGAAACGACUUAAUGACGUGGUAUACCGCAUACAAAGAAAUGGGAAAGCACGAUGUAAAAUGAAAGUAGUACAUUUGGAGAGGCUCGCCCCAUUUGGUUCAAGAGGAUUCGUGCCUAAUCGGGACGAUUAGGCUUUAGUGGAGGGCAGUGUUACAAAAAGUAGUAUUAAGUUGUAUUUGUAUUACUAUAUGCAUCCCUGAUUAUGAACAAUAGCUGUAGGUAUAUGGAAUAGCAUUUGUCUUGUUGUAGACAUCUGGCGCCACGGCUGUCUGCUCGUCGAAACAAUAGACAUCUGGCGCCGCACUGUCUGCUUGUCUAGGUAAACAAUAUCUGAGUCUGGCGCCGCGACUGUCUGCUUGCGUCUGGCGCCGUAUAGCCGUAUGUUCUGGUAAUUUCCAGACGCGAUAUUCUAGAAGGACACGUCGGCAUCAGCGAGAAGUGCGUGGCUAUAUAAGCCGUGGCAGCGCCAACGGCUCAAUCAGUGCUAAGAGUAAACUGCUAUAGUGUAGACGAGUUGUGAAAUAAAGAGUUGUUGAAUUAAAUUAAACAGUGUUGAUUUUAUUUGUCAAUCCAGAGAUACGAACCUAACAAAGUAAACUAGCAAGAGUAAAUUCGUAACAAUUGGUGUCAGAAGUGGGAUUGUCAAAUAAUCCAAAUUCAAGAUGGUUAAAUUCGGAGAAUUGAGAAUUCAGCAAUUAAAAAAGGAACUGGAGGAGCGUAAUUUGCCGAUAAGUGGGCAAAAGGCGGAUCUGCAAGCACGAUUACGUAAAGCAAUGGAAGCGGAUGGAAUUAAUGUGGACGAGUUUGAAUUUGAUGGGCCAGAAACUUCUACAAAGGUAGAAGAAAAAGUAGAAGAACAACGAACAUCAUCAAGUGCAGACAUGAACAUGCUGUUAGUGGCUAUACAGAAAAUAGCUGAAAAUACAGAAAAUGCAGUGCAAACAGGAAAUCGUCUGGCACAGCAAAUAGCUGAAAAUGCAGAAAAAGCAGUGCAAACAGAAAAUCGUCUGGCACAGCAAAUAGCCGAAAAUAUAUCACAAAUAACAGAAAAUGCAGUGCAAACAGAAAAUCGUCUGGCACAGCAAAUAACGCAAAUAGCUGAAAAUACAUCACAGUUAGAGUCUCGCCUUACACAACAAAUGACUGAAAAUAAUACGCAGUUGGAAAAGCGUUUGGUACAACAGAUUACAGAAAAUAAUACACAAGUGCAAGAGAAAUUUUCAAAAUUUGAAGCCGAAUUAAGCACAAUAAAAAAUGACGAAGAAAAUUUAAGAUCAGAAUUUCUUCAACUGAGUAAUCGUAUGCGAGAACUGCAACUGCAUGGCCCUGCACCAUCAACAAAUAAUCCAAGACUGAAGGCACCCACAUUCGAUGGAAGUAUUCCAUUUCAAAUUUUCAAACUUCAGUUUGAAAAGACAGCAAUGGCCAAUAACUGGAAUGCAGUGGACAAAGUGGCGUCCUUGUUUGUAUCAUUGAAAGGACCUGCGGCAGAAAUCCUUCAGACUAUUCCAGACUGUGAACGGGACAACUAUGAGGCAUUGAUGAGUGCGAUAGAAAGACGAUAUGGUAGUGAGCACCGGAAACAAAUAUACCAGAUCGAACUGCAAAAUAGGGGUCAGAAGAUGAACGAGUCAUUGCAAGAGUUCGCAACUGAAAUCGAACGACUGGCACAUUUGGCAAAUGCAGAUGCACCUGCGGAUUACAUUGAGAGGGUAAAAAUUCAAUGUUUCAUAAAUGGAAUUCGUGAUGUGGACACCAAACGCGCCACAUAUGCAUUGCCAAAAAGAACGUUUGCUGAAACGGUUUCGCACGCCCUCACACAGGAAACAGCUUCCCUACUAAGUAAACCAGCACACAAAGUACAAAGGGUUGAAAUGGAACAACCGGCGCUGAUGGAAGAAAUAUUGAAGACUCUGAAGACAAUUGCUGCACCGCGAGUAAAUACAACAGGAAGAUGUUUCAACUGUGGAAAAGCGGGUCACUUUGCCCGAAAUUGCAAUAUAAAAGUAAACCCAUCAAAACGGAACCAACCAACAGAACACCGAAAGAGGAUUCACCACAAAAAUGCGGAUGCAUUAUCGCGUCGCCCUUGUCCACCGGAAUGUAAACAUUGCUCCAAAUCAGAGGGAAAAGAAGGUAUAAUCGACGUGCGAUUACUGAAUAUAGAACCUGAAGAUGAUUGGACUCCUCACCGCAUCAGAAUCAAUCAGCUGGAGGACCCUGAUCUUGCAAAGCUGAUAAUAGCCAAAGAAAAUGGGGUACGACCACCAAAGGAACAAAUAAGUAACGAGAGUCCAACGGCAAAAGCAUAUUGGGCCCAAUGGAACAGCAUAAACCUCGUUAAUGGAUACCUUCAUCGUACCUGGGAAAGUGAAGAUGGCAAACGGUCUCGUCUGCUGAUCAUAGUACCGAAGUCCAUGAUCCCGAAAGUGUUGAAAGAAUAUCACAAUGGACCUAGUGGAGGGCACCUUGGAAUUACAAAAACUAUAGAGAAGAUUAAACAACGGUUCUACUGGAUCGGUUGUCGAGAUUCCAUAGCAGAAUGGAUAAGUAAUUGCGUAGAGUGCAUGGCAGCUAAAGGUCCUAAAGCCAAAAGUCGCGGUAGGCUACAACAGUACAACGUGGGAUCACCAUUUGAACGAGUCGCAAUGGAUGUUGCAGGUCCGUUCCCAACCAGUACGGCCGGAAACAAAUAUCUACUGGUUGUCAUGGACUAUUUCAGUAAAUGGCCAGAAGUAUAUGCCUUACCAAACCAGGAAGCGAAGACAGUAGCCGAAGCGUUUGUAGAAAAUUGGAUAACAAGGUUCGGAGUGCCCGUAGAAUUACACUCAGAUCAAGGCAGGAAUUUCGAAUCUUCCAUUUUCCAAGAAGUCUGUACAUUAUUGGGCAUCCACAAGACACGGACAACAGCGUUACACCCACAAUCAGAUGGGAUGGUAGAGAGAUUCAACCGAACGCUCGAAGAACAUCUGCGGAAAAUCGUUGAUAAAGACCAACGGAAUUGGGACAAGUGCAUCCAGAUGUUCCUGUUGGCGUAUCGUUCAGCGAAGCACGAGACAACUGGUUACACGCCAGCAAAGAUUAUUUUCGGAUCUGAUCUGCGACUCCCUGCUGAUCUUAAGUUUGGUACGAAUCCUACAGCUGUAAGAAAUGAUGGAGAUUAUUGUUCUGCCUUAAAGGAAGAAAUGAAUGAAUUACAUCUAAUGGUAAGACAGCAUACGCAUCUGAUGAGCAAUAAGAUGAAGGACCGGUUCGAUCAAGCGGCAAAUUCAAAAGGUUUUGAAGAAGGUGAUCUGGUCCUGUUGUACAAUCCACUUCGAAAGAAAGGCUUGUCCCCGAAAUUGCAGACAGCCUGGGAAGGACCCUAUAUGGUGAUGAAACGACUUAAUGACGUGGUAUACCGCAUACAAAGAAAUGGGAAAGCACGAUGUAAAAUGAAAGUAGUACAUUUGGAGAGGCUCGCCCCAUUUGGUUCAAGAGGAUUUGUGCCUAAUCGGGACGAUUAGGCUUUAGUGGAGGGCAGUGUUACAAAAAAGUAGUAUUAAGUUGUAUUUGUAUUACUAUAUGCAUCCCUGAUUAUGAACAAUAGCUGUAGGUAUAUGGAAUAGCAUUUGUCUUGUUGUAGACAUCUGGCGCCACGGCUGUCUGCUUGUCGAAACGAUAGAC